AUGCACGCAAAAGUCUCAGUCGCCCCCGGGGACUCUAGAGUUCUCUCAAAUGGAAAGUUGGUAUCUCAGCAGAACAUAGGUUUAGGAGAGUCUAGAAGUAUACCACCGGUGCACCCAAGAUAUUUGGAAAGUUACACUCCCUCCCCCCGUCCAAUCAGAAAACGACUAGAAUUCCCUACCACUGCUGGAUCUGAGGGAGGACUCUCUUCUAGAGAGCGAAGGUCUGCUCUGGAACAUAUUGCGGACCCGGACCUCCGUGGCUUUCCUCCCCUGAGUUUGUCUGGGAACUCAGAUUCUGUCCGUCUUCAUGAUGUGGAGAUCCUAUAUGAGGAUGGUGUUGAUCAGGAGCCAUUGAUCAGCCAAAAUUUCCCCUCCUCCUCGAGGGUACCCGUUUCUCUCUGUCUAGGAGCCUCUCAUGACCCUGAUGCCUUUGCAGUACCUGUGGUCUCUCCUCCUGCUACCAGGGCAUCUGGAAAACGGAAAGCUUCAAGAGCCCCAAUAAGGUAG